UCUCAUUUCCCGCGGGGACGGGGAGACGCGAACUCCUCGCGAGUCUCGCGACGCGCGACGUCGCGAAUCGUCUCGCGCGGAGCAGAGAAUCGUCCUCACGUGCUCGUCGCGUCUGGAAGAUUGUCCGGCCGCGACCGCGAUCGCGAUCGCGCCCGCCGAUCUCUCCAUCUCUCCCCGUGAGAUCGCGGGACUCGAAAGCUCGUCUCGCGGUGACCGCGAGACAUCGGGAGAGUGUCUCGCCGAUUCGUCAUUAAAUCGGGCGAACGCGUCGCGAGAGGGACGCGAGAGCGCGGCGGGAGCACGUUGCCGGAGGUGUGCAACGCGGGUGGACGCCAUUAGUUGCAAAUUCCACGUUUGGAGGGGGAGGGGGACAUUCGGAACACGAGUGAGGCUGAUGGCAGAGAACCGGCGGGAGAUGAUCCGCGAAACUUCCCUCGGCCAGGUGGUUCCACGGACAUGGGCGAUAUCCGGCUCGAAGAGAUUUAUUUUUUAAUCCGGAGAUGGCGAUAGAUUUUCCCCAAGUCGACGAGUUUCCUUAAUGUUUGACCAGAAGACUCUAUGCAACAUGCCACCAGAUAGGCCUGAUGCAUCGGGUAUCGAAACUGACAUAGAACUGAAUUCAUCUCAGGAUUAUAAUUUCGGCGAGAACGCGUAUGCGAUGAACGACAAGGAGAAGGAGAAUGCCAGCGUUCUGGCUGACACAAACUCGACCAACGAAUGUCAAAGUGAAAUUCCCAGAUGGGACAAGUCGACGGAGAAGAACAAUCAGUCGGACGACGAACUGACGUCUCUCAGUUGGCUGCACCAGCAGAAUUUACUUAAGGGUUUGGACAUUUCGAACCCCUCCAAAGACAUGAAACACGAGAACAUGCUGAAUAACAAUAUCUGCGACGAUAUAGCAGAUUUUUCUGAGAACACCAAUUCCGUAUCAAGCUUGGAUGAUAGUUUCUGUCCAGAGACUAAUGGAAAGGCCAGCGUGACGCUGAACGGAAACGGACAAAACUAUCAGCAUCCCGCCAAGAAUUGUCAAAAGCCCGCGCAAAUAUUUCAGGAAUCUGCGAAAAGUCAUUGCAAUAUUUCGCCAAGUAAUCAAACGAAGAUUUCUUUGAGCAACAAUAAUUUGCCAAUGUCUAAUCGCAACAAGCAUCCUACCCAUAUACCGUAUGAUCCUCAUUUGCACAGAAAUAGCAAACCACCGUAUUCAUUCUCCUGCCUCAUAUUUAUGGCUAUCGAAGAUAGUCCCGUAAAGGCGUUGCCCGUGAAGGAGGUUUACGCGUGGAUUCUGGAACACUUCCCAUACUUUAGGAACGCCCCUACUGGAUGGAAAAAUUCUGUCAGACACAAUUUGAGCCUGAAUAAAUGCUUUCGGAAGGUGGAGAAAGCUCCGAAUUUAGGAAAAGGAUCAUUGUGGAUGGUGGAUGCACAAUAUCGUCCAAAUCUGAUUCAGGCGUUGUCUCGCGCUCCUUUUCCUCCCCCUACAACCCAGAAUUUGUCUUCGUCGGAAAAGGUGUCCAGAAAAUGCGUAAAUGCACGUCUCCCAGAUCCGGUUCUCUUUCCGUAUCUAUCCAAAAGACUGGCGUCUAGCAAUAUUAAUGAUAGCGCAGAAACCGAGAUAGACAGCGACGUCGAUGCAGCGGCCGCCGCUAUGCUUUCCUUCAAGCAUGGACCCAUCAUUCUGAAUCACAAUAAAGAUCGUAAACGAAAAUUGCCGGAAUCGGAAAAGCUGGUGCCUGUAAUUACCAGGAGUUCCAGUGAAGAUCAUACUUAUAGCUGUAUCAACUCGAUAAAAUUGGAAAGCAAACAUUCGAACGAGGAGGAACUAAAUCCAGAUUUUGAUGAACAAAGAAAGAUUGCAGAAGGUGCGGACGCGCUUCUGAAUUUGGCUGGCGUUAGUACAGCGCUAAAUCACAGUAGAACGCAUCAUGUAACACAAGGUAUUAAUACGGCAUCGAAAUCGGAAGUUGUCGCAAAGCCAAAAAAACGUUCUACAACGAGCGAUUACUCGAGCACAGAGAAAAAACGUAAGAGAUGGCGAGACUGGAAAGAGGGAAAUCGAUACCUAAAACAAAUUAGGGGUUAACGUUAACACAUUUUGUUACAUUUCGAAAAAAGUGUACGAUAUGUUAUCGAGAGCUUCCCGCUUGUGCGCGAGUCGGAAGCACUUGGGAAUUUUACCAUCUAGUAACAAGAAAGUACUUUUGUUCUAUAGUAUCGUCAGUAAAUUCUUCAUUCAUUUCUAAACGCGUUUAGAUCGACUUUCAUGGAAAUUUCUUCGGUCAGGCCAGUUUCUCGUUGUAAACAAAACAAAAAAACGCGCAUGUAAAUUCUUCCAUAUAACUUCUAGUUGUGCUAAGUAAAAGAGAGGGUUGUUGGAUGCAUUUCGAAUUGAUUGGUGUGGUUGCUCAGGGUUUACAACAUGCUAUAUGCCAAAAUACAUUCGGUAGCACUAAACAACAAGCAAUAAUAGAGAUGUAGUGUUAAAGAGAUACUUUUUAAACACACUGUUGAAACAAUGAUACAAUUGAAUAGUACGUGGAAUAUAUAUCGAUAAAAGAAAUUAUUAUUACAUACUGAAGUAAUAAUAAUCAUUUCAGAACUGUUGCAAGACGAUUAUAUUAAGUCAUAGAGAGUUUAAUUAAUGAUAAAGUUCUACAUCAGUUUUCUUUUGUCCUUUUUUUUUUGUAGAUAUGUAUAGAGGCAUAAUCAACAUCUGCUGUCACGAAGCCUGUCCCAACAGUAACGAGACCUAUUGUUUUCAAACGUAACGCGGCGAUUUCCGACAUCAAAAUCACAGCCCGAUUUGAAGCCCAGUGUUACCAUUAUUUUACUUCAAAGAGUGCUAGUCUCGUUAUUUUUGAGACAGGCCAAUCGUAUUCAAUAGAGAGAGAGAUCGAUAAUAUAUUUAAAAAAAGAUUACACGCAUACAUAUUUCUAUGUAUAUGUGUAUAUAUGUAUAUAAAAUGUAUGUAUACGUGCAUGUAUAUGCAGAUGUACACAUUGCACGCGUCAAGCCCGACAUACUCAUUCAUGUAUUUAUAGUCGGACUCCCCGAUUCUCGACUCGAGAUGAAACAAAUCUUUCUGUUUGCGCAUACACAAGAUGCCAUCGCGCGCGCACGCUUGCGUUCGUAUGUAUGUACAUACCUCGUUCGUCACUUAUUCCACAUAUGUGAUAAAAAUGACGAAUAUGAAAUCGUGGAAGAGAAGAGGUAUCGUGUUUACGGAAGUUCAACCGGUUAGGAAAAAGGGAGUUUGAUUGUACAUGUGUACAAGGUGUUCCCAAAUUGGCGACGAUGAAAUAGCAUGAAAGUUUAUGAAAAACUGAGUUAUAUAAAAGUUCACGUUCUUGUUUUUUUAAAUUCCUAACAACAGUUUUCAAUAUGUAAGCACUUCAGACUUUGUUCAAUAUUGGCUUGGAUAAUGAUUUGUCUGUAUGUAGAACCGGUUAACACUAACUUUACGCGUUAAACAAUUAAAUUAUAAAAAUAUACGCGCCAUUUGUGAAUAUACGACUAUUUAAUUAAUUGUACAUCGUAAAUUUUAUCAGAUUUUCAAUUUUUGUGGUUGAAAAAGAUCAUCGAUUGCGAUUAAGAAGAGUCUUCGUUUAGUUUUUCACAGACUUUUCAUUACAGUUUUCACACGCGAAUUUGAGAGCACUCUGUGCAUAUAAACAUGCGGUGUGCAUUGUUGCACAUGUACAACAUAUGUGCCACAAACGUAUUAUCAAAAAAA